CCAUCUUUCACUUCCCUCUCAGCCCAGAAGGUAAAGGAAUGAAGGGCUUGGCUGCUGCUACCACUGCUGCUGCUACUGCUGCUACUGCUGCCGCUGAGCAAAGUACGGAAAUAAUCACUUGAUGAGUUCCCGUUUGCACUCAGCCUAUUCUACAAAAAGUAGACCUUAGUGCCCACCUUCUGCUGUUGGUGGGCUUUUCUUAUCUACCUGACUCUUACUUCCAACCGGUUUACCCCAUAAUUUCCCACCCUUCGCCUACACAUCUACGUCUACUACACGAUCGAUCUCCCCCUCCCGAUCGGCCGUGAUGGAAAUCUCUCGAGUCCUGAAUUACAUUGACGAAGCGCCCAAAUGGGUGGGAAUGGGGGGCACGGACGACAUCAGACAACUACCAAGACAACAACCAGAACCCCAGCCAUCGCCUGAACGACAAAGCCAACCGUCCGAAGAACCCUCCCCGCUCCCCCUUGCCCUUCCCUUCCCCCGAUCGACCAUCACCACCACAACCUCAACCACAACCACCACCACCACCACCCCGAACUCAACCUCACAUACCAUAAUCCGCAACAAGAAACCCAUCCCGCGACAGGCGGGACGCGGAUACGCCCCGAAAAGCCGAGCCGCGCUGGCGUGCAACUCGUGUCGACAGGGGAAAUUCAAGUGCACCGGCGAGAAGAACCAAUGCCAGCGGUGUGCCAUGUUGGGCAAGCAAUGCUGGUACCCGGCCCAUAAGCGCGAGCGGAUUCAGAGGGAGAUGGAUCAACUGGUCACGGAGGCGAAUGAGUAUCGAUUAAUGCUGGAGUUGCUGCUUUCACGGGUCAAUAAAGAAGAUGCGGAGGAUAUCUCCGCCCUGCUGUUCAAGGUAACUACUGGUUACUUGUUCUUUUUAUUUCUCCUUUACUUGCUGGCGUGGACUAAUAUUGGAACUAUGGUUGAAGUACGAAAAGUAGGGGUGAUGGGACGUCAAGUUGACUUGACCUUUGCACCUCUCGACAAACAAUUACUCGACGACUGGAUCGGCGAAUCUUCCGACAGCUCUGGAGAAAACAUAGGCGAAAAUCCAUGCCAACACCCAGGGAGCUCAGCCUGUCCACAAAACAGGACGGCAUUCUACUCGCUCCGAUUGCCAGCGCAAGACCCUCACGCAAUUGCUCUUUCGUCGCACGGCAGGCUUUCGUGGCGCAGCCAGGGAGGAAGAUCCUGGAAUGGUAGAUUUUAGACCUACUCAGCGGCGAUUUGUCUUUCUUUUUCCUUGUCUUUUUUUGUUCUUUCUUUUUGUUUCUUUUUGUAUUCCAGAUAGAGAUACCCUUCCGAUAAGGAACACACCAAUCAGGCCCGAACAAGUACAGUACAGGAUAGCAGAGAGCCAGCCGGAUAGGAUAGUCUCUCCGAUAACAUCUAUUUCGCAUACCACCGGAGACAACCUAAAAGAAGCUUAUUAGCCCACCCUCCGAUCUCCACUUGCUGCAGAAAUCCUGAUUUCAGAUCCCCUAGCAGAUGGUGCCCCACGCU